UUGGGAUUAUAUUGGAUUACCUCCAAAUUCACAAAAUAAUUAUACAUUUUUGUGGUGCCGUAAGCUACUUUAAGUUUAUAUACAAGAUAACGAAAAUUUAUUUUUGUAGCUAGUGUUUUACGUCUUAUCAUGGAGGGCAAAGGGGAACAUUCGGACGCCGAAGAUGUUCCCAGUGAUUUUUUUGACGAUUUCAGUAAAGAAGAGUUCAUGGAAGGUCUCAGUGUUAUCGAUAGUUGGGACGACUCGGACGGUUACAAGAAGCGAGAACCCAGGAUCAACGCAGAGGCUGUGGAAAGUGUGAAAGAUCUACGGGAGUUAAUAAGGGAUGGAAGAGAAGAAAGCAAGAACGAAAAAGAGUAUAAAGACAGGAGCAGGCGCGACGAUGGCAGCCGUCGGCAGUCUGGCGAUAAACUCAACGACUUCAUCAGGCCGGGCAGCCGUCGUGAUCUCAGCAAAACCAAUGAAGCCAUCAAACGUGAUAAAGAAGUAAAAGUAAAGGAGUAUCUUGCCAAACAUUUGGAUUCAAGUGAAGAUCUAAGGCCACCAGGGACAGAGCUUGACGACUACUUUGAUGAAACAAAACCACUUGAACACAAAAAACGCGAGAUUAUAAUUGAAGAAGAAAUGGAGCCACCUGCAAGAGAGGUCCACUGGUCAGAGGGACGAGACAAGGAGCGUCAUUCGCCAAGCAGGAACAAGACAAGAAGCCUUCGACGGAGUCCACGACGCAGCCCACGUCGAAGCCCACGCCGUAGCCCCCGCCGUAGUCCACGCCGUAGCCCCCGCCGUAGUCCCCGACGCAGCAGCCCGCGACGUCGCAGUCCUCGAAGAAGUAAUAUAAGCCCUCGUCGUUUUGGCUGGCACAACCAACACCAAAACCAGUUUAAUCGAUAUCAGCCAAGAGCAAUUAGUCCUAUAAGAAAAUUUUGCAAUAGACAGAUUUCUCCACCUCACAAAAGCCAUCGAAGCCCAAGAAGGUAUAGUCCAAAACAUAGUCCACGAUGGGAGCGACGAUCCAGGUCACCCCAACACCAACAUAUACGGCAAAGACAUUCUCGGUCUAGGUCACACGAAGCUAAGGAUAGCUUUCUAUAUCCAAUGGAAUCUGUGGCAACCAAUUAUCAAUAUUCAACAGAAAUGUUUCAAAGAGCACCUGACCCAUACUCUGGCUCUUUAUCUAAUGAAUACCCUGAUAAUAUUCCAGGAUAUUCAUAUCCACAAGAUCCCUCUCACUCUGGUGGUGCAUUGGUUGCUUAUGGAACACCUUAUGAUUAUGGUGUUCAACCAGUUCCUCCAGGUAUAGCACCAGUUCCGCAACCAGUACCUGCACCUGUCUUGGAUCCAGCUGUAAUGAAUCCUGUCCCUCCUGUCACAAUGCCUCCUGUAACAAUACCUGCAGAUCCCAUUAAUACCAACAUUCCUAUACCCCAAGCGCCAUCACAGUUGGUGUCUCUUUCUGUAUCACUCAUGAACACUAAGAAGACUGAUGAACCACACCAUGAUGCUUUGGCACAAUUAGUGGCAGAAGGGAAAAUUUCUCAAGAGGAUUACUUGAAGCUUGCACCAAAUAAAGGUGCAAGUUCUGCAGCCGAGACAAAGUUGCGUGUCGACGUAAUAAAUCGCUGCAUAUCAGCUUUAACGAAGUUAGGCAAUAUGCGCGUGCCUAGUCGCCUGUUGAUGAACACUUCAAUGAUCGGUCCGGAAAUUAAAGCUUUACCACCCACAUACUGUUCACCAUUGAAGAGGAAGCUACCUGUAGAGUUUAACUAUACUAAUCCCAGCAGCACCGCCACGUCUCAGCAUAACAAGCAGCUCAUCGACUGUAUCAUCAGCACGAUGGGUCUGGACAACAUUGUGACAAGACCGAAGAGGAAAAUCCCGAAGAACAUGAAAGAAGUAGCCUGCCAAACUACCAAGUCUUACUGCGACGUAUGCGAAAUUCGCGAUGCAACAAGACAUCACGAGGCCUUUACGUCAACCGAACCGGAAUACUUCACGUCUACAGUGCAUACUCAAGUUGUGGAACACGAUCUGGCGAAUUCGAAGGCAGUAUUCAACCCGAGCGGCAGUAUCUCCGACGGUGCGCCGAUAUCCAUAGCGCAUCUCACUCCGGCACAGUUGGUGUCGCAACUGGCGGCUCGUGCGAAGACAUUGAAGCAGUCGGACCCUCCAUCAUCAUCUACUGAUUAUAUGCGACGUCCUAAUAAUUACGACUACGAUGGCAGAAGCGGCGGAGGUCAGCAAUAUCAGAACUAUAAUUAUCGAUAUUAAUUUAUAUACAAUUUACUAAAGAUAUUUUUGUAAGUUGUAACGAAUUGUAUACAACACGUGACGUAUUUGAAUAAUGUGUUUAUCUAGUACAUAAUUAACAUAAGUUCGUUUGUAUAAUUUUUCUCGUAUUUUAUCACACAUCGAAAUCGCAAGAUUUUGAUGUGGGGGUUUCACAAAUAGUUAUUGUAAUAAAGGUAAUAAUGAAACCAUUGGUUUAAUUUGAACGAGAAGAAUGAAGACGUGAAGAACUUUUCCGGACGUAUGACGCCCGUCAUCCAGCAAGGACUGAAGUGGUUGCGGAAAUGAAGCGGAAUUCACACAUUUGCUUUUUCCUCCUAAUUAAGGUAUUAUAUGUUAUGUGUAUAGUCUGGUCAAUGUAAAUAUAGGUUAGAUGGUACUAGUUGUGUUUCUAUUUUUGUUCGUAAAUAGUUAAAUACGUACUUAGGUACCUAACCUCUAGGCAAACUUAGCUAUCGUUGAGCAGUAACAUUUUUCUACCCAAAACUCUCCUUUGUAUUACACAGUUAAGAAGUCGCAUAUUUGGUAAACAGCAGGUUAUACCAGACGAGAAAAUAAAAAAGUAUUCAUUGUACACAAUUUAAGUUAUAUUACAGUAUAAGUAUCAGAUUUCAAGAAUUACGUUUACCAAAGACUAGAAAGUAACAAAAAAAGUAUUCAUUGUCCACAAUUCAUGUUAAAUUACAGCAUUUAUAUAUUGUAUGCAAGUAUCGGAUUUCAAAAAUUAUGUUUUGU